AUCCACCCGGACACAUUUUAGAGACGGACCGAACGCAAUCCCAACGCUGGAGGGAGAUUUGAGAGGCGCGUGCGGGCGCGAAGGCGUUUCCGAACUUGGUUUAUGGUUGUAAAACUGACAUUUUAAAGCUUCGUUUUUGCUUUUUAUUUUAACAUCGUCAUGUCGUCGGACGGUGAUAUAAAGACAAAGCCAAGAGGCUUUCAAUGUGUUCUGUGCAACGUCAACCUACCUAAUAUGCCGAGUGUGAAUCAGCACGUGAAGGGCCGGAAGCACCAGACUCUGAGUUCUGUCCGAGCCACCCGGAAAAGCCACGAGGAGCACAGCGUCUUCGUCAGCGGCACCACCCCCGACGUCUCUCAGUCGGACCUCACGGAGCACUUCCAGCAGUUUGGGCCCAUCGCCGACGUCAUCAUGGAUAAAGAAAAGGGAAUUUUUGCCAUCGUGCAGUUCACGGAGACGGAGGGCGCGCACGCCGCUCUGACCUGCGUGGAGCAUCUGAUGAAAGGCCUGAAGCUCAGGGUGAAACCCCGAGAGAGGAAGGAGUUCAAGCUGAUUCCAAAGAAGAAGAACGACGCUCAGAGCCUGGAACAAAUGUUUGAGCGCCUCAAACCGGAGCUGUGUCAGCUGGCGUCCGUGGAGGCGCAGAUGCAGUACGUGGUGGAGCGGCUGCAGCUGGGAGAGCACGAAAAGAAGGCCAGGGAGUUGCUGGUUCAACUCCUGCAGGAGGUUUUUGUGGAGUUUCUCCCUGACAGUCAGAUUCUGCCGUUCGGCUCCUCAGUCAACACGUUCGGAAUCCACUCCUGUGAUCUGGACCUUUUCCUGGACCUGGAGAACACCAAGAUGUUCCAAGCCCGAGCCAAGACCACCACAGAACAGGUCGGUGAGGGAGUUUCUGACGACGGUCGCUCCGAGGACUCCAUCUUGUCCGACAUCGAUCUGACCACAGCCUCCCCGGCCGAGGUGCUCGAGCUGGUGGCGACCAUCCUCAAGCGCUGCGUCCCCAACGUGCACAAAGUGCACGUGGUCGGCACCGCUCGCCUUCCUGUCGUCAAGUUCCUGCAUCACAAGCUGAACCUGCAGGGCGACAUCACCAUCAACAACAGGCUGGGAGUCAGGAACACCCGCUUCCUGCAGCUGUGCUCGGGGGUGGAGGAGCGCCUCAGGCCUCUGGUGUUCACCCUUCGAUUCUGGGCCAGGCAGAAGAAGCUGGCUGGUAACCCGAGCGGCGCCGGCCCCCUCCUCAACAACUACGCUCUGACCCUGCUGGUCAUUUUUUACCUGCAGAACUGCGAUCCUCCCGUUCUGCCCACAGUGGAGCAGCUCAAACACAUGGCCUGUGAGGAAGAGGAGUGUGUGAUUGAAGGCUGGAACUGCACCUUCCCCAGUCAACCCAUCGCUGUGCCCCCCAGCAAAAACACGCAGGACCUUCCUUCCCUUCUCGCCGGUUUCUUCUCCUUCUACGCAAAGUUCGAUUUUGCCGUCAGCGUCGUGUCCUUGAGGGAGGGCCGCCCACUUCCUGUCGUCGAUUUUCUGGGCGAAAGCAAAGAGGAAGAGGAGAACCCGUCCCAGAGCAGCCGCCAACACCCCAAACUGGGUCCCAUGACUCUCCUGGAUCCCUUCGAGCUCUCCCACAACGUGGCGGGAAACCUGAACGAGCGCUCCCACCUCAACUUCCAGCGGGAAUGCCAGGAGGCGGAGAAGUACUGCCGCAGCCUGCAGUACCAGCACAAGUCCGCCAAGGGGAAGCCGUGGGGGCUGGUGCGCCUCUUCACCCCACACGGGGAGGUCUCGCUCAGCAAAGCGGAGCAGCUGAGCAUCAGCAUUCCUUUCAAGUCGACGGCGCUCCCCGAGGCCACGCGCAGUGAGCUGCACACGGCCGGAGACGACUUCCGGCGUCUGUGGUUCCAGAAGGUUCUGUCUGCCGUGGAGCAGGUGUUCAAAAGCGUCCUCCAAUGUCACCUGACGGUGUCCUCUGGCGCCGCUUUAGGGGAGGAGCCAGCGGAAGGCCCAGCAGCUUCCACCGAUUCCUCCAUGAACGACAGUUUUGACGGCGGUCCGCCUCAGGAUGCGGUCGUGGUCGGCGCCAAGAGGUCGCUCUCUCCAGGCGGCGAGACUUCAGCGUCGCCUCAAGGGAAGAAAGCGAGGCUGAUGAAGAGGGGGAACGCCCCCCCAUGGGUCUGCACGCAGGAGUACGCCGUGUGGGCCGGCAGGAGGAAAGUGAAGCGGGAGCUCCUGAAGGGCGGCGACGGCGAUGUCGGCGCCGAGGGCAGCAGCGCCGAGCUGGAGUCCAGGGUCACGGCCCACAUCAGGGAGAAGGAGGCCAAACUAAAGGAGCCGCUGCAGUUCAGAGUGCAGCCUCACAUGGUGGGGGGGACGGAGAGCACCAAGGCCGUGCUCCGGCUGCAGCCCAGCAGCGACAAAACCGGAGCUUUCCACGACUUCUUCCACUUUCUGGAGGUUUUUCUACCCAAGAUGGUCGACACGCUGCUGGAAAAAGAUUUGUGACGGACUCGGAAUAAACCAGAGUUAAGAUGGUUUAAACGUUUGCUUUGUGUCAGUGUUUCUGUUUUCAUUAAUACUGUAUAUUUGUACUGAAAAGUGAUUUUUGUUUCCGAACAGCUUCAUAAAGGCUGAAACUGUUUAAAAAUAAAACUAUUUUGGUUGAAGCA